UGUACCAAGGGAGAAAACCUUCAUCAUUUUACAUCUAAUGCAACUCAAUACGAUGGACUGUACAGGGCGUUCAAAUGCACCUGACCGUGAAGGGGACCUGGGCGAUGAUAUGUCACACGAACUCCACUCGGAUGAUGAACUACGCGAUUGCGAUUCCGACGAAGGAGACCACAUGGCUAGAGUUAGUUCUCGCCUAAAUGCGUCCAUGACUAGCAAUGGUGGUGGUGACAUCAGUGGGCAUGAACACGCCAGCGAUAUGCAAAUGAGCCAUCACCAUCACCAGUUCCCAGCAAAUCAUCCUCUAAAUGCUCUCAACAAUAUUAUGGGUAUGGGUGGUUUGCAUGGAAUACCCAGUCUACAGCACAAUGACGUAUUGGAGAAGCUUAAAAUGCAAGUCCGUGACAUGAAAGUGGGCUUAAUGGAUCAGGAAUACGCGGCUGCACACGCGGCAGCUUUUGGGGCAAAUGUUUUAUCGUCGCCAAUAAAUACAGCGUUUUCACUGCCACCCACAACAAUGGCAUCCUUUACACAUGCCGCCCAGACAUUGGCAGCACAGGCCAACAAUAACCUAGGCUCCCAUUUGAGUGCAAGUACACCGACAGCUCCAACGUCUGCUGCAGCUGGGCCAUUUUCGAAUGGAAACCACAACAAUUCCAACUUUUCCUUUACCUCGCCUACAGCACCAAAUCCAAAAGACGCGAAUCCUGCCUCAAAUUCCUCAACAUCCAGUGAAACAUCGAAUUCGUCGCAACAAAACAAUGGUUGGAGUUUCGAAGAGCAGUAUAAACAAGUUCGUCAGUUGUACGAAAUCAACGAUGACCCAAAGCGAAAAGAAUUCUUAGAUGAUUUAUUUUCUUUUAUGCAGAAAAGAGGCACGCCCAUUAAUCGCCUGCCAAUUAUGGCCAAAUCUGUUUUGGAUCUGUAUGAGCUGUAUAACCUGGUAAUUGCACGUGGUGGUUUGGUGGAUGUCAUCAACAAGAAGUUGUGGCAAGAAAUCAUCAAAGGCUUGCAUCUGCCAUCAAGCAUUACGAGUGCAGCUUUUACGCUAAGAACACAAUAUAUGAAAUACUUGUAUCCGUACGAAUGUGAAAAGAAAAAUUUAAGUACGCCGGCUGAAUUGCAGGCGGCUAUCGAUGGCAAUCGUCGCGAAGGCCGACGUUCGAGUUAUGGCCAAUAUGAAGCUAUGCACAAUCAAAUGCAAAUGCCACCAUUGGGGCGGCAAACGUUGCCCGGCGGUAUGCAGCAAAUGUCUCCUCUGGCUUUGGUGACACAUGCCGCAGCGGCAAAUAAUCAACAGGCACAGGCGGCUGCAGCAGCAGCGGCGGCCCAUCACAGACUGAUGGCCCCCACAUUCGGCCAAGUGCCAAAUUUAGUGACGCAAGAAAUCGAGCAGCGAAUGAUAGAAUACUUGAAAUUGAUACAAGUGAAGAAGGAGCAAAAUGCAAUGGGCAAUGGCUCUGCUGCCAUGGGCUUAUCGCCGCACCAUCAGCAGCAGCAACAUCAACAACAACAACAGCGAGAACAACAACAAAGACAGCGUUCACAGAGCCCAGAGAUCAGUCCCCGAGAGGCCUUUAAUGCGUUGGAAAUGUCACGGGUUGCCUUGUGGCAAAUGUAUCACAACAAUACCAGUCCCCCAGCAUCGGAUUCAAAGGAGCAGAAUGUGCUAAACAAUAGUAGUGAAGCCCUGAACCUAUCGGAUUCGCCACCUGGUGUUACCACCAUUAAGCGUGAGCGUGAACGCGAACCUAGCCCAGACAUGACUGAUAAUAAGGAAUUCCACCACCAACCACCACCCGCAAAACGUGCCGGAUUCCCCGCUAAUUUUUACAUACCCACCAAUAUGGCCGCUGCUGCUGCAGCUGUUAACUUCCAUUACAAGAAUGAUAACCAACAAGACUCCGAUGCGGAGGGUGAGGAAGGACAUGACGACGAAGGUGACCACGAUACUACAGUGAACUCUUCUCAUGAUGACACUAUGGAAAGACAACAAAUGAAUGGCAUGACGGGUAGGCCACCUCGACAUCACGGUAGUAAUAGCAGCGUUCACAACGAUAAGUCUGAUGAUUCUGCUAUAGAAAACUCGCCCUCCACAUCGGCAGUGUCUGGUGGAAACGAACACAUUUCUCCAGUGUCUACUAAAAAGAUACACUUGUCUAAGCAACACAGCCAACAUCAAGGAAGUGAAUCGAGUGGCAUUAGCGGAAGCAACAACGAAGUCAACAACAGUUUCUCGCCAGCCAACUCUUCACUGAAUCCUUUGGAUGCAUUAAAUUUAUUGUCGGGUAUGCAGUUUCGUGUCACCCGCAACGGUACCAAUGAAAAUGGUGAACAACAGUUGGUGGUUAACCUUGAAUUAAACGGCGUCAAAUACUCUGGACUUCUUGUGGCGAACACCACCAAGAAUGUGCCGUCAGCGGUGAGUACGCCAACCACAGCCAGUGCCAAAGAUAAGGAAUGUAACGACAACAUCAGUGGAAACAUCAGUAGUCUGUGUUCAAGAAACGAAAGCAUCAGCCCAACUCCACACUUAUCACACAGUAUGGAAACAUCCCGGACCUUGGACGCAACACUACCAGAAGCCCAUGAACUGACAAUGCAUGAUUCCGAUUCUCUAUCUGGAAAGUCUAAGCAUACAAAUCCCGCUUUAAUCAACGGUCCCAAUCCAGCUGCGAUAACGUCAUAG